CGUGAUUUAGGUUAAAACUUUUGUAAAUAUUGCAAAAAAAAGACUUUAAUUAAUUAAAUUCACUGGACUAUGAGCAAGAUAGCAUCAAAAAGUAAGCACUUUCUGCUGCUUGGACAGUGUCUCCCAUGCCUGAAGCAAAACGCAUCUAAAAUUCGUGUUAGAAAGAUGGUUUUAGACACAAAUUUAAAUAUGUAUUUCAGAAAGGAUAAAAUAUACUUUGCUCACGAUCCAAAUAAGGUGUGUAAAUCCGGCGAUGUAGUGCUGAUUAAGGAAUUAGACAAAAAGUUUACAACAUUAAUUACUCAUUCUGUUGAGGAAGUUGUAUUUCCUUUGGGAGAUGUCGUAGAUCCAAUAACAGGAAAGAAAUGUGUAGUUGGCAAGUAUCGCGAACAAAUUGAUGAGGCUAAUGCAUUGUAUGGAAAGAAGGAAACAGCAUUUGAUUAUGAUAAGGCACCGGCAAGAGGAAAACUUGAAGGAACUAAAGAUUUUACACACGGAGUCACUUACAUUAAGUAUCAUGAAGGCGAAGAAGAACAACCAUUUGGUGUUUAAUAAGUAAUAUGCUGUAGAUAUAGUUUAAAUAAGAAUUAAAUGGAUAGAAUUAUUAUGUAAAACCAUA